GUUGAUAGUUUAGUAGCGAGUGAUCUUGAAAGAAAGAACGACGCAAAAGACUCAUUUCAACAAUCUAACAAAAAUUCCUUCACAUGCAUAUUUUGGUGAAAGAGAGAGAGAGAUCAAACAAUACAUCGUUUACUGUUAUACAUUGGCAAUUCCGCCAACUACUUUGCCUCUUGCACAAAAAAUUGCUACAUUCCUCACCUCAUUUUUUAAGAGAUCUACAGGAAAAGGAUCUUGGAAAGUGGAAAAGCAGUAGUACUUAUCUAGUGAGUGAUAAACAUAUUUACAAAAGAUACAUCCGACGAUCCACGACGCGACUACAGUGUAUGUUUACUACAAAACUAUUUUUGGUCGAGUGUAACAACUUGGCAUAAUAUUGUCGCGUAUACAAACAAACACAACGCAAAUCUCGUUAAUAGAAGAACAAAAAAAAAUAUUCCAAUAACGGAACUGUUUUUUCUCUCUCUUCUUCUCACAGUUCGUUCUUCGUUCGUGUGCACAAGUAUUUAGUACCAAAAUAGACGAGACAAAACAAAAAGUUCAUUUGAACGGGAGAUAAAAAGCAUAUACAAAAUAUUUCGUAAACACUUUAGAGCCACAUGCAUCAUAGGAUUGUGCAUUUCCCGUCGUCGUCGUACACAUGAUAAUAUCUUUUAGCACAGUUUUGAAAGAGCCAUGUACAUAUUACUAUGUGCUACUAUUCUGGGCUCGAGUUUGGUGAAUCUCUCUUCCCGGAAGGAAGCAAUGAAUGGGGGCCGCAUUUGAGCAGAUCAGAGUGUAGUCUGAGAGGCAUAGGGGGCUUAUACCGGACCAGGGUGACUCUAUAGUCCACUACCGUUAACGCCAGAAUUGUGCGUUUGUUGUCAAAUUCUGGGAUCAGACGACGUACUACGAAUGAGUGUUGUGACUAGAGAGCGAGUAAUAUUAUCGAUUCAGACGAGGAAGCAAAAGCAGCAAAAGUAGAAAAGAUUAUUGCAGACGUUGACGUCGAAGAAAGCAGCGUGGUUGCAGAAUAUUCAAUAAUUCGUUCCUCGUCCAGUUGAUUACAUAUUAUUACUUUUGAUGGACAGCAAUCCAAGCCCUGACAUAAAUUCAAGGACUUUAUUGUGGUCUGUUUGUGUUCUCUCCUCUCCACGUGUGUUUCAAAUUGCAAACAAAACUUGACUCAUGUUCCAAGGAAUCAAAACACAUUACUGACAAAACAAGAAUAAUCCAUAGCCUACGGUGACUAUAAUUGGUGGUUUGGCCAAUUUUAGAUAAAACAAAGUUUUAUAUUUAGUCUCUGAAAACUGAAACAGGAGUGGUGUCACUACCUCCGAAUCGGACGCCCUCGAUACAUUAUAGGACAGUACAAUAAGCUAUAGGAAUAAUAAAUAAGGUUGUUGUUUUUAUUUAGUUUGUUCGUAAACUUGCAAAAACGACCCGCAUUAAAUAUUAGUCUCAAUGUUUCAAAUUGUUUUCUUUGUCGGGACAAUUCAUUCAUUCAGCUCAUUAUGAAGUCAUGAAAUGAAUAUUUAAUAAUAAGGAAUAAGGAAGACGGACGGAAUGAGACAACCCGAAAUUCAAUAAGUUCCCUAACGGAUGAAUACUUAAUAAUAAAUCCAGUAAAACUGUCAGACAGAACGUCACACCAAUAAAAAAUAACAAAUCGAAACAAUAACAAUAAAUAAUUUCACUAGUUCAGAAUCAAUGUCUACCCACGUGCUACAUUCAAACAAUAAAAAUAUUACACUUCGCAAUACAGAAUUGUUGGGACUGAAAUUGCAACUUAUGCACAAAAGACCCCAAGAAGUGGAUGUACAAUUUAAUUUAGGUGUGGACCCAUACUUUCGCUGUUCAUUAUGUGGGAGAAAUUAUAAAGAAAGACUAAAGUGUUAGACAAAUAAUUGAAGUAAUAAAUCUACCCCAAUUUAACUUUUAUUUUGAUAUUACAUACUCUAAGAAUAUGCGAUGAUAAACAUUUAUGUAUCAUUCGUGUAAGUGGAAGAAAAGUGAAGUUAUACUGACCUGAAGUAUUCGAAUUAGUUUUAAUCCGAGCAUAAAGUUUAAUUUGUGCUUGGAUUACAAGAGUAUGUGUGACGCGAUUGAGAAAUAUUGAAAAGUGAGAUUGUUAUUCGAAGAGCAAUAAAAGCGAGUCUGACCUUUUCUUCGACAAGAUUGUCAUUCCUGCCCCGUCUCUUGGAAUUUGCAAAAGGGCCGUCUCCAAACCACAGCAAGAUGAGUGUAACCAACGAAGACGUUAGUGGUGGUGCCCACAAUAUGACUGGAGAAGGUGGUACAACGCCUACUGCUCCUAUACCGCGACAAACAGUCACAUCCUCCGCCUCCUCCUCCACCUUGGGGUCAACGACGUCUCCUGGGGUGACCUCGGUGGUGGCGACGCCGACCAGCCUCAAUAAUGGAAUGUCAUCCGGAGACGAUGUAGCCAAAAGCGGCUACCUUCGAAAGCUGAAGGGGAAAAAGAAGUUCUUCGUCCUUCGCAAGGAGACUGAUGCGGACAAACCUGCAAGACUUGAAUACUAUGCAAAAGAAAAGAAUUUCCGCAUGGGACAUCCUCCGAGAAAGAGCAUCGGGUUGAAGGCUUGCUUCAACAUAAUUGGACCCGAGUCAAACCUCAAAUCCAAGUACUCGGUGUCUCUCCACACCUACAACGACUGUGUUCGAAUCUCCAUGAUUAGUGAGGAGGAGGCCAACGAGUGGCUGAGGGCCAUGAAGUCCUUGGCUGGAGAGGAAGAAGAUGACCAGGUCGUCGAGGGGAAACCACAUUUUGAGCAUAUUUGGAUGGUCCAAGUCCUCAAUAAGGGGCUGGGCAGCAAGGAGAAUAUCAUCGGACCUUACCGACUCUGUCUCACCUCCAAAGAGCUGACUUUGCUUAAAGUUGGAGAACAUGAUGGACGCAAUGGUCAAGUCAGAUUUCCUCUCAAUGUCAUCCGCAAUGUGUCUCACGAUGCCACUCUCGGAUGUUUCUUCCAUAUAGAACUUGGUCGACUAGCAUGUAUCGGUCCAGGACAACUGAGUCUCAAAACGGAUGACAACAACAUCACUCAAAAUAUGCAUCUAGUUAUUCUCAAAGCAAUGCAAAACUACUCGAAGGACGAUAUAAUUCCUCCGCGUGAACGUGCCAGGACUUACACUUGGACAAAUGAUGCUACCAUGCGGUCAUCCCAUAGCACCACCCCUGCCAUGAGCAGUUCCAUCGAUGAGCCCAGAACCAGAACAGACUCCAUGCCCUCGUCGGCAGGAAGAGUUUUGGGGAUAGGAAUGUCGCAAAUGUCGCCCCCGGUCCCAAUCCACACCUCCACGCCAUCUAUACUCUUCAACAGCCCAAAUAUGUACUCCACUGGCGACUCCGCCUCUAGUUCCUACUCGAUUGAUUACGACAACAAUAACCACAGUCAUGGAGGGAGCAUAUUGGUGGGCGAUAAAAGCAAUGAUGAGGAAGAGUAUGUUCCCUUCAACCCAACGGAAGAUCAGCACCUCAUUAUUAGUCCGAAAAAUUUAAUGAACAUGAAGCUUCCCUUGAUUCCUGAUAUUUCCGACUAUGUUGAAUCAGGCAAAGAUUCUGCAAGCUCCAAUGCCCAAACUCCAUCCAGCUAUAUGGAGAUGCAAAGUCCAAUGUCACCAUUUGACAACUAUAUUCCCAUGAGCCCAGCAUGUACAAUCCCCAACGGCCUCAAGUCGAACGGAAAAAUUUCAGUUUCUCACAGCAGAAAUUCUAGUCUAAUCGAAGACAAUGAUGGAUAUGUACCAAUGAUCCCUGGUGGUGUUCAUAGCCGAAGUGAAUCUGGGGCUGGAUCAACGGCUGGGUCUGCAACAGGACUUGACGACGCAUAUUUAGACAUGGAUUUUACCAGAAAAAUUAAUUUGAGCAAUGAAGAUGUUAGAAGGGUUUCACCUGCCAGCAGUGAAUCAUUACAAAGCAACACCCCAUCAUCGGACUUUCCAUUAGAAAAAGUCACAUCUUAUUUAACAGAUGACUUUGAGGACUCCAUGCGCCCUAUCCGAGCCUAUUCUGUUGGUUCAAGAUCUGAUACGUCAGCUCUUGGGAAAAUCCGGUCGGGGAAGAACCGUUUGGAGGCCGUUCAAGAGACUUUCCGAUGUAGAGCAAUGUCCGUUGGAUCCAAGAAUCCAAGAAAACCACCAAUCCUGCCAAAUACCUCAUCAAACGCGGGAUUAAUUCCUGCUGUGGGGAGCAAUAAAGCGGCUGUCUCUGGAGUUGGUCCCCUUAGUAGCUCGUGGAGCGGAUCAACAGGACGGUGGCCUAUGACAAAAUUUGUCAAUAACCAUCAUUAUUCCCCAAAUCAACCACCUACGCAAUAUGCAUUCUCCCAAGGCACGAGUGAAUCUAAUGAUUCGGAUUUAAUGGAGCUGGAUUUCUCCAAGAAUAAGAAAAUCAGGAAACGCUCACAUCCUGGCCCUCCUCCUAGCCUCAAUUCGACACCUAGCUCCACUGGCUCAUCCAGUUUACAAAAAAUUAGUCCCGUCCCAAAAGGGGUCAUCUCCAACAACAGUGGUGCAGUUGAAGGUUCCGAGUCUUCGGAACUUCUCAAGUCGUCAUCAUCUCAACAAAAUUCUGGUGGUAGUGCCGAAUACUCUACGAAGGGUCGCAAUUACGCUAUUUCAGCUCCCAUAUCUAUUAAAGCCCCGAGUACGAGUCGUAAUACUACUACUGACCCUAACUACGCAUACCACGAUGCCAGCAGUUCCCAAGCAUCGGUUUCAAUUCUCUCUCGACUUACCGGCACUGAUCUCAAGAAAUUGAAAGAAUUGGAUGAUGAAGGGGCUUAUCUGAACAUGGACUUUUCCAAGCCUCCCGUCGCCUCAAAGAAUGAUGGCCCGGCAAAUAACUUUAUAACAAAAAACAAAAUUCCCAGCACUACGGCAAUUCGAUCUGACGAGUGUGUUUCAAAUGCAAUAUCACCUUCAUCCACAAAAUUCUGUUUAAAUCUCACCUCCCCGUCAAUGACGUCUUUAAAUUUAACCAAACCUGAAGCUGGAACGGGGACUUUUAAGUCGAAUUUCUGUAAUGGAGAUUUGCAUACGUCUUCUUCCAAAAACCCACAUCCGAAUAAUGAUAAAAACCAUCCACCUGUCACAAAAAGUUCGCCAUGUUCUGGUUGCUCAGAUCAUUUAGUCAUAUCUUUGCCGACUUGCGGCCUAACCAGAAUGAUGGUAAUCGAAGAGUCUCCCGAAAAGCAGGAACAUAGCAAACCAUCCAGCGGUUCAAUUACUCCACAGUCCCCCUCAAGAUGUGCUCCCUUGGCAAAGCCGGAAGAUGAUAAUCAAAUCACUUACGCCUCCAUUGAACAUCUUCCGCCACCUCCAUCAUCUUGCUUACCCACGGGUCUUGCAACAGUUUCAUGUGCAACUGCUGUUGCAACAUCCAAUAAAGUAACUGGGGUAGCUUACGCUCAAAUUGACUUCAAGAGCACCGAGUCGGUUAAACCAAACUCUUAAAUUACAGAAACUCUUAUGUAAAUCAAACCUUUUCUUCGUUAUUUUGAUUAAAACGUUUAUGUUUGGUUGAUAUUAUUAAGUUGUCUCUUGUUAGUAUGUAAGUAGUGGUAUCUCAUGAUUAAGACAUGGUAUGAUUCUGUACUGUAUCGUCUAGGACAUGUACUAGCUCUAUUUUAUGUUGAUUAUUACGGAAUGAAAUGUAUUGUACAGAGAGACAAGGAGCUUUGAAUAUUUUUUACAAUUAUCAUAGCUCAUAAUUCUAAAAUUAUUUAUAUCUUGCUUCCCUUGUAAUAAAGAUAGUAAGAAUAAUAAUAAUAACAAUAAUAAUAAUAAUAAUAGUAAUAAUUCACUAGCUCGAAGAAAAAUUUUAUAUCGGGCAGCGCAGUCAAUUUUUUCAAUCUCAAUUUUUAAAUACUACUUUAAAUAGUUAUAAUUAAACCUCUUUUUGUUGUUCAAUAAUGACAAUUAAUGAUGUCUACCUCAGCGAUUCUUCUUACCUUCGUCUACUUCUUCAAAAACAGGGAAGUUUAUUACUGCCAAAUGAAAAGAAAAUAGUUCACACUAUUUCUUCUCUUCUACAAAAAAACAUUCGUUAUUAUUGACCUUUGAAAAUAAACCGAAACCGGUAAAAUGAAGUAUAUCAUACACAACAAAAAUACCCAGUGUGUGCAUACCCACAAGCUUUAACUAUCCAGAAAUAACAUAAUGUAGCUAAACUGCAAUUACAUAAUUUAAAAAACAACAACAAUUAAUAUUACAUGUUAGCCACAUCAGCAAUGUACCUUGUGCAACGUUCAGCUCAGAGAUUUUAAAGUUGUUAGAAAUAAUACAAGUAUGUUAGCUAGUUCUAAUAAUAAUAUUAUAAUUGAUUCACUUUGAUUUCGAAAAUGCACGACGUUGUACAAAGGGCAAGCCAGAUCCUAACAACAGCCUGGCAUUUUUUUCUGCAUAAUCUGGGAUGUACCCUCAUUCAUUCUUAUGGAAGUAUGGAAUCCUAAAAAAGUUUGGUGCUCGUAGUCUUUUCUUGUUCUAGGAAAUAAAAAUACAAUUCCUAUCCCGAAAAAAUUAGUGUGGUUUUGUUUUGAGACGAAAAACAAACAAAUUAUUAUUUUUAACUUACAACAAUGUUCGAAAAUCUCCCCUCUUGUUAUUAUAUGUAUGAAGGUAUUAAUUGCCAACGCAGAAUAGCUCAAUAAACCAAAGAUUAAUUUUCAAUAA